UUUUUCUCCUGAUGGUAACCAGGUAAAACUACAAAAACUCUACAACCUAGUUGUAGCAGGGACCUUAAGUGUUGCCCUAUUGCCUGGGGCAAGUGAACUGAGCAGUCGGGCAAGUUGAGUCCGCUUUAAAGUUGGCCCAGCUAAAAAUGUUUUACUGAAAACAACUGAUAUUUCUGGUUCAUCCCCCAUUGUUUAAGUCAGGGUUUCCAAACAUGGUCCUGUGCCCCUCUCCCCCAGCACUGCACAGCUGAUUCAAAUAACUAACUAAUCAUCAAGCUUUGAUUAUUUGAAUCUGCUGUGUAGUGCUAGGGCAAAAAACAAAAUGUGCACCCAGUGAGGGGCCCAGGACUGAGUUUGGGAACCCUGGUUUAAGUGCAAGUUGGACAAUUUAUGUCUGCUGGGCAAGUUGAGCCUGCUCUAUAUUACAACAGCUGAAUGUUUCCCCCUUGACCAAAUCAUGUCAGGCAGCAAAGUUAGUUAAGGCAAAGAGUAUGGAUAUACUGACAAGGAUUACGGUCCAAACACUUGAAAGACACACCCUCAUCCACUUACCCUCGCCUUAUGCCCUUGGGGGAAUCCCAGUUGCCAUCUUGGUGUGGCGGUCCAAAUGAUUAGCAAAGCAAGGGAGGUUUGCAACGUAAGCACCGUAGCCCUCGUUUUUAGGCGGCUUUGCGAGUGUAUAAUUAUGUUCACUCCGGGGCAUGAAACUCCCCAAUUCAAUUUGCGACGAUUGUAAAUCCGCUAAGAAAAGUCAGAGAGAACUCAAAAACAACAUAAAUGGAGAAGUCAACAAUAACGUGUAAAUAAAUACGAAUGCAAAUAAGUUAGAAAUUCUGCUACUAAUGCACAAACAAGUCAAAUAAAAAGUAAAUAUGUUUUUGUUUGGUUAUCUUUUGGAAAUUGUAGAAAUAAAACAUGUCAUCAGAAGUGUCCACUUAAUUUGAGGGCUGAGGGGAUAGGGUGUGUCUUUUAGUGUUUGGACCGCAAAUACUUGUCUCUCUGCCCUAACAAUGGAGUCGUUGUCCACAAAACGGCACAGAUUAAUAAGCAUAGCUGGUUGUCUAGCUUCUGCGUGUUGUUGACGUCAACCGCCUUUAUUCAAUGGAAAGAGAGAUGCUGCUAGCCUCAUGCAUAGCCAUGUCGAAAAAAAUUAAAUAAUAAUAUUUAUUUCACCUUUAUUGAACCAGGUACUCUAGUUGAGAACAAGUUCUCAUUUACAACUGCGACCUGGCCAAGAUAAAGCAAAGCAGUGCGAAACAAACAACAACACAGAGUUACACAUGGAAUAAACAAACAUACAGUCAAUAACACAAUAGAAAAAAAAGUCUAUAUACAGUGUGUGCAAAUGAGGUAAGAUAAGGGAGAUACGGCAAUAAAUAGGCCAUAGAGGCAAAAUAAUUACAAUUUAGCGAUUAAACACUGGAGUGGUAGAUGUGCAGAAGAUGAUUGUGCAAGUAUAGAUACUGGGGUGCAAAGGAGAAGAAAAAAAAUAACAGUAUGGGGAUGAGGUACUUGGAGGCAAAAUAAUAAUAAUUACAAUUUAGCGAUUAAACACUGGAGUGAUAGAUGUGCAGAAGAUGAUUGUGCAAGUAUAAAUACUGGGGUGCAAAGGAGCAAAAAAAAAAAUAACAGUAUGGGGAUGAGGUACUUGGAUGGGCUAUUUACAGAUUGGCUAUGUACAGGUGCAGUGAUCUGUGAGCUGCUCUGACAUCUGGUGCUUAAAGUUAGCGAGGGAGAUAUGUCUCCAGCUUCUGUGAUUUUUACAAUUCGUUCCAGUCAUUGGCAGCAGAAAGCUGGAAGGAAAGGCGGCCAAAGGAGGAAUUGGCUUUGGGGGUGACCAGUGAAAUAUACCUGCUGGAGUGUGUGCUACGGGUGGGUGCUGCUAUGGUGACCAGUGAGCUGAGAUAAGGCGGAGCUUUACCUAGCAAAGACUUAUAGAUGACCUGGAGCCAGUGGGUUUGGCGACGAAUAUGAAGCGAGGGCCAGCCAACGAGAGCAUACAGGUCGCAGUGGUGGGUAGUAUAUGGGGCUUUGGUGACAAAACUGAUGGCACUGUGAUAGACUGCAUCCAAUUUGCUGAGUAGAGUGUUGGAGGCUAAUUUGUAAAAUACAUCGCCGAAGUCAAGGAUCGGUAGGAUAGUCAGUUUUACGAGGGUAUGUUGCAGCAUGAGUGAAGGGUGCUUUGUUGCGAAACAGGAAGCCGAUUCUAGAUUUACUUUUGGAUUGGAGAUGCUUAAUGUGAGUCUGGAAGGAGAGUUUACAGUCUAACCAGACACCUAGGUAUUUGUAGAUGUCCACAUAUUCUAAGUCAGAACUGUCCAGAGUAGUGAUGCUUGCAUUUAAGAGCAGUUGGAGGCCAUGGAAGGAUAGUUGUAUGGUGUUGAAGCUUGUCUGGGGGUUAGUUAACACAGUGUCCAAAGAAGGGCCAGAAGUAUACAGAAUUGUAUCUUCUGCGUAGAGGUGGAUAAGAGAAUCACCAGCAGCAAGAGCGACAUCAUUGAUCUAUACAGAGAAAAGAUCUCUGAUAUAAAGUGUUUUUUCUCAAAAUUGCCGGGAUGUCACGUGUCCUACUGAUAUCAGUACACUCGUAACAAUUUAAACAUUACGAAACUUCUAUUCGAUCAAAUAAACCUCACGUAGCAAAUAAGCCAUUACAUUUUUUUGUUGACCAAGUUCGACACGCUUAUUGGCCUCCAUACAACAACUUGGUGAGCGAUAGAAACGAAACAACGUUACCUGCUUGUAUGAUACAGAUUUUUGGCCGAGUUGGUGCUCUCGCUUCGCUUCGCUUCGCCUCUUCCUCUCUGCUUAAAGUUUACUCCUCCCAGGUCACAUCCCCAACCCUUUUGCCUAUCGCUCAGAAGUUACGAGACCGAGGCCAGACAAGGCGGCUGCUACCACCCACUUUUCUUCCUCCAAAAUUUAUACAUUUUCACUUUCCAUAAUAAUCGAACGUGACAACCGCGAUCAGUUGGAUAACUGUGGAAGGGGUUCUGUUGGUCCGAACGGAGACAGAAUGGGGAAAAUAGAAUGGGCUAUGUGGGCCAAUGAACAGUCCCUGGCGGCGGGGCUCAUUCUCCUUACUGGUGGCAUAGUGGGGGUGGCAGGCCAGUUCAGGGACUGGGAGUUUGCUGCUUAUGCUAUAGCUGCAGGGGUGUUUGUCUGUCUACUAGAGUACCCAAGGGGCAAGAGAAACAAGGGCACCAGCGUAGAAAGGACGGGUCAGUACUGCUUCACUGUCUGUGUGAAGUCAUUCGGCCCACUGACCAGGAACUACUAUGUCAGAGCAUUUCUACAUGCAGCGAUCUGCGUUCCUGGUGGUUUCCUCCUUGCAACUGUUCUUGGCUGUGUCUGCCUCGGCAUAGCUAGCCUCAUCUACCUUGCGGCGGCCAUCCGAGGGGAGCAGUGGGAGCCCAUCCUGCCCAGGAAGGAGAGUGCCCGUAAGCCGGUGGGAGAGAGCAUCAAGCUCCCUCCCCAGAACCCUCCACCACGCCCACCCGCAGACAUGCGCAGGAAACGGGCAGAGGACCUGGAGGCGGCUGCCUAUGUCAACCCCAUCGCUGUCACUGCCAAUGAUGACUAGAUCCCCUUACUCUCCUUACUUUAGGCCUGCUGGGCUAAGCUCACUCAGGUUAGUUUAUUGUUCCACUGAGCCCCAAACAAAACAGAUCUACAGUGGAGCCCCACCCAGGCCAUGCUCAAUCCCAGCUGCCGUUGGCUGAGGACCGAAUCUUAAAUUGAGAUGGAUAAGCUUGCAUAACUUAGGUUUUGUGUAAAUUGGGAAUUGGCGUCAAUGGGAAUUUUUUAUGGACUGGUAUCAAGUUAGGAAUCAGGCCUCGGAGAGUAGAGGGUUGUGGAGAGGACACACUGCUGCUGAUGUUUGAGGAUGUAUAAGGGAUUGUAUUGAACUGAGAUGUUGCUGUGCCUUAGUUCCUGCAAAAGGUUUGUGUCCUAUAUCUCUGAACCGCCUGCCACAACUCUUUCAGUUAUAAUUUUGGUCCCCAAAAGGCUUUGGAAUGUAAAUGGAAAAGUUUGUAUUCUUGUUGUGACAGUAAGUUAUUUUGAGAGGAAUUGGACAAAUAGAUGUGGAUGAGAAUCAACCACAUUUACUGGCACAGACAUAAUGAAAUUAUUUUUAAAGAGAAUGAAGAGCUAUUUCUACAUUUUGUAUCCUCAAAAUAUACUGUAUUCUUCUACACUGGAAUGUUAAUUGUUUAUAAGCAAGCACUGUUUUGCUUUAUCUCUUUCUCUUUUUGGCCGGUUUACUAUGUCAGUGGCCAACUACCUGUAUGUUGGAUAGUUGUGUAUUCACCUCUCUACAAAACAAUGUAUGUCUAUGUUUUAUGCUUGUUAUGCUUUUGAUACAAUCUGAAAAUAAACAUAGUUAUUCUAGUUAUUAAAAUGUGUAUGUUUACCAUAUAACUACAA